CUGAGCGCUAUCGUCUGUAACCAAGAUUGAAGCAAGCUGUGCUGGAGACGGGUCGUCAGUAAGGCCCACAAGUUUAUUCUCGCCGGCGAUCAUGCCUCGCUCGUUUCUUGUGAAAAGACGAAAGAGCGCCGAUGCAAAAUCCACGCUCGAUUCCGGUAAGUUAGCGAGUCAACUUGACUAUUUUCUCUCUUAAAUCCACACGUGUUCUCGAACGAAGAUAUACAGUUCGCAGUUCUUGGUCGGUCGAUUGGGAUAGUUCAAAUGUCAACAUGCACGGUCGGCUUCUCAAUUUUAAUGUCCACCCGGUGAUACGAUGUGAAAUCACCAAAGCCUCGCAAUUCUGGUAGGAUUGUACUUCAAGAGAAGGGAUUGCUUUAAUUAAUUCAAGUUUUCCGACUUGCCUACGCUGUCAUUAUUUCCCUCUAUUGGGGAAAUUUCAUCAGUUAAAGUACCAGACCAUAUUUGUGUGAUAUUCAUCCAUGGUUUUGCACUCCAGAAAACGGGCAUUUAUACGGUUUGCUAGGCGCUGAAAGUGAUUUUUAGAUCUUCUAGAAAUCUUCAGGACGGUGGUUUUCUUAUUAGCACUUUUGCAAGUAACAGUAAUUUUAAUAUACACACACCUGGGAGACGUUUGGCAGAUGUUUUCAAAAUGCGCCGGACCCGGUGGUUAUUUUCUAUUUUAAAUCUCACAGCUACAAUAAGAGAGUCGACAUUGUGUGAAAUUCGGCAUUCUAUUUUUGCGAAAAAUAAAACAAAAAACUAGAGCCCUCGAUCGCUAGAAAUGAUUGAUCCCUAGCAACUUCAACGCGAAAAGCAAUGGAAAUGUUGUUUUAUGAAUUUAGCCAUAAAUUAAAACGGUUCUGUAAACAGAUGAAACCUUAAUUUCACAGCUGUUCAUGGAGGGAUUGAAUUGUAGUCCCAUAAAUAGCAACAAAAAGAAGCCAAGAAAAAGAAGUCCACAGGAAGACAGAAUUUCCUAAAUUGCUGAGCGAAAAAGCGUCUAAAUUUUUUAAUAAACCGAGCGGGACUUUCGCGACAAGAAAAAAAAUUAAAGCGGUAAGUUGCGCGGGAAAUAUUAAAUGGACCAUGCAGGGGGUUGUAUGCCCGCGGCUCGGCUCGGAGCAACACUGCUCUACAGUGACAUGUGUUUUCUAGCGGCAACAAUCGAAAAAGGCACAAAUUUUAAUAAAAUGGGAUGAAAUUCGAGUGCAAUGGUGUCGAUAUCAACGGCGACAGCUUCCCAGUAUCCUGGCUCACGCCUUUUACCGCGGGAUUUUUCUAAAAUAUAUCUAUCGGAAAAGCGAAUAGAUAUGAAAUUUAUUCGCGGACAGUUCAGUAUCAGUGAAUAUGCGCCGCUGUGUGUGUAUUUCUUUUCUGCGAGAUUUGUUAUGUGUUGAAUGAUAAACACAAAUUUCGAGUAAACGUUGUAAAAAUCAACGCUUUGCGACUUUUACCUCGUAUUUAUGAUAUGUUAAUGUACCAAGGAUAGACAUUAAGGAGCUUGUUAAUGAUGUUGGUAAUGGAAUAAAAGCAAAUUUUCGUUUUCAAAUGAAGAGGACAUCGGAGAAAUACGAUUGAAUGACAAUGUUUUAUUUGCUAUGUUAAUUUAAGUUUUCAAUAGAUGACAUUUACUCGAAAACCUUGACUCAAAAUUGUCCAAAACCUUCGAAGAUAUGAAUUGCAAAGGGGUUUUAUCACAGUGACAAUUUUCGUCAAUAUUUUCUGUGAAAACCUGUUCAAUUUUGACCGGAAAACAUAGGCUUUCUUCCAAGGAAAAUUUAAAUGCAAAAUAAAUAAUUUUUGUUGGCCUUUGAAGAUGUAUUCUUAUCUGAACAGAUGUUCAUGCUUAGGCUUUAUUAGACAAUAAAAAAUAUUUUAUUGAAUCACUCAGAAAGCGGUGUUGUUUCUCAUGUUGUAUUUCAUCCAAUGACGCAUUGUGAAAGGAACUUUCUCGUUGUUUUCCUCAACGUACUAUUCAAGUUUUGAAAGAUUGUGGAAAGUCACCAAUAAAGGGAAAUUUUUUAAAAGAUGGGUUUAACAUGUCAUAUUGUAUUCAUGUUAAGAGCGAAAAGUCAAGGGAAAAAAAUCCGAUUUUUCUUCACAUUUGGGAAGACAGGCUGCAACAACUGUGCUACUGGGAAACCAUUCUUACUGUGAACGUGUUCCUUCUUCUAAUUCGUAGAUUGUUUGAACGCACAAAGCGUUUUAAGUAGGCACAGGGAAACGAUGCUAUAACAGAUGGAAAAUCGAUUUUUCGUGUGAUCUCCGAUGCCGCAUCGGUUUAAAAGGUGAACUGGGUCAGUGAAAACAGCCAUUGAUCAACAAUGACAAGAAUUUUAUAUUUUUUGAUAAGGAACUACAAACGAAAACAGCUGGGUUUUUAUCCGCAUUUUAAAUGGCUUUCUGGUAUUGAAAUGGGUUCUUUAAGCAACCAAAUCUUUUUAUUGCUAUUAGUUAACAAGUCGUUUAGGCAGACAAUUGGCCUCUAAAACCCAAACCAGUUCAGUAUUCACAGUAAAAGAACAAUAGAGAACUGCUUCGUCCAGAUGGUUCGUCUUACAGUUCACCCUGCCGGCGUUUUAUUUCCAUCUGGUAUUCUAAGAAGCUGUUUUCAUUACAGGAAAUCUCGCGUGUGUUGAGUUGCCAAUAACAUGUUGAUCAUAAUGGUUAGACUUUCUCUGAAGAAGCGAUCUCAGAUUUUUUUAAAACUCAUUUAUAUGCACUUCUAACCAGCAGCAAGACGGGCAAUCUUUUUUUUUUUCAAAUAUAUUUUGUCGAAGAAUUAAGUUAUUAAUAUCUGAUGUUUAGAUUUCAUGAUCGAGAAGUGAAAGUUUUUUUUAGGAAAAGGUUAAAUUCAGAAAACCUCAGACCCGGCGAUAGCGUUAGAUUACCAGGACUACCUUCAAUUGUAACUGUAGCCUCGUAAAAAUAUGAGACAGGCGAUCGAUGGAAAUCAUCUCCGAUAAGAGUAAAUUUCUCUGGCGACCUUAUCAUGUACCUGUGUGUUGUUUGUACAGUGAGAUUUGCAUAUGCUACAUUCAAAAACAAUUUCCGACCGCCUGCAAAGCAAAAAAUUUCUUAUCCUGUUCUGUUGAAGAUGUUUAAUAUCUUCUGUUUUGACCCGGUGCCAGAUUAACAAUCGAUUUCAGAGGAUUGCUGUUCAUACCAGGGAAUUGAAAAGGAAAAAAAAGAAAACCUCUCAAAUUUUUUUCAAGGGCAGGUUUUUUUCGUAGUUUAAUUAAAUCCUCUAUUGCCUUGAUCCUCCACCUGAUUGACUUGUUCAAAGGAAAAAAGAACGAUUACGGAUGUUUGAAAACACGCCCGUAUCGCUCAAUUCGUACGCAUGCGGCUGUGGUUUCUUUUUCACGCCAGGGAACGCAAAGUAUGUUUCGCGCAUCACUGUGAUCACGGAACCAGGUUGACAUAUCCUUAGCUUUGUUGAGGGUCGCAAAAGUGUGAUGGCUUUUACGGCAAACGGUUAAAAUUGUGGCCAUUUUACGGCUUACGGUUACUAUAAUUUUCUUUUACGGUUAACUUUUUUUAUGACUUACGGUUAACCCCAUUGAGACCCUCUUUGUAAUAAGGAUACCCCAAGCCUUCCACAGCCAAGUCUACAUUUCAGUUACAGGUACACAGUAGAAUCUGGGUACGAGAUAAGAAUACUUCAAAUACAUUCAAGGUUACCACCAAAAAGUUGAUUAUCAAAGAUUGAAGAGAGUCCAAUAAUCGAUUUAAAAAAGUUUUUUGCGAUUUAAAUAAAUGUUUGGUAGUCAUAGCAUUUUGCAAAAAUUGGAUCUUACAAGAGUCGUGUUAAUUUGUGUCAGGUUCCUCCUACUUAUUGGGAAGAAAGAAAUUGCAGAGAGAUGUUGCAGGAACUGAAUUCUCAGCAACUCCCAUUACGCCUAGACCACGCCCUCCCCCAUCUAGGCACGCCCUUGUAGGCACACAAUGCGUGCAUAAUGGGAAAUUCACUCUUAACUCAUAGGGUAAUCAGAGCAAAAAUUAAGUUAAGCAAGUAAAUGAGCAUCUGUGCCAAACAAGAAAUAAUAAAGUUAAACUCAAUAAUAAUUGUAGGAGAGAAAAAUAACAUUGAAAUAAAUCUAGAAAAGGAAUUUUCCAGGUCUGAGGGACUAUUUGGAAUUGAGUAUCCUCUGAUAAUGGUGAAACAAUUGCCAGGGAAACAUCAAUUAAUGACUAAUAAUGUUAAGACCCAGCCUCUUGUUCAAAAUCUAUAAUUUUUUAAAAUCUUGUUGGAAUCAUGAGUUUCAUACAGAGAAGUUACACAAUCAUUUAUAAAUAUAUUUUAUUUUGACCCCCCAGAUGUCACUGAAAAAACCCAAGAUCCUUCUAACAGCUCAGAAGAGAAAAAAAAAUUUGUACCUUCCUGUCAGACCACGCAAUUUCAUCCACAACAUUUUCCUUACAACACACUGGGAAGAAAACACCACUGGGAUCACACAAAUGCUGCAUGCUUGUUAAACAGACCAGGAACUUUCCCAGAAACACCAGAAGCUUGGGUUAAAUGCGCCUCUGAGUGUGUCAAUACUCAUUGUUGUGGGUAUUUUCAUGGAAAACUUGGAGAACCUUCGAGUUGUUUGUGCUGUUUGACAUCCCAAAAAUUUCUCACAAAUGUUACACAACUGCAAGUACCUCUAUGGCAUAGGAACAUGAAUUAUGACAGUGGCUGUAAUGGGAUUUUCUCACAUCAAUUUGGUCCAUUUAGUUCCAAACCAUUGUCCUGUCCAGUGGAAAGACUUGAUGUUCAUGUAAUAGAAGAAAAUGAUAAGGUAGAUGACAACUUAACCUCAGUUCAUGUUGGUAACUGCAGUACCAUGUUUGGUGUGAGAUUAGAGAACAACCCAAAAUUUGUUAAGACAGAAGAAGUAGAGGUGUUUCCAAAUGCUGCUUUGAAGGAGGAUAAAGAUGAAAUCAGGAAAGAACUUCCAACAAAGAAAAUAAAACUGACACCUGUUGAAAGCAAUGACAUGUUGACAAAGGAGGACAGUAAAAAGAGUUUAAAUCAUGAACAUAAAACUGGGGUGGAUUCUACUACGGAAAAAACAAAGCUUGAUGAUUCAACUCCUAGAGAAAAAAUUAAACAAGAGUCCCCAGAGCCAGAGACUAUUGUGUGUGGUGAUGUUCUACUCUCCCAUAGAAAAACUAAUAAAUAUGAAGAGUUUGAACAAACUUGUCAAGAAAAAGAUGGAUUGAACAACCACAAAAAGCACAAAAAACAAUCUGCAGAGGUUAAAAGAAAAGCAUCUAACCAUGAAGCAAAAAAGAUACCACAGACAAAAUCAAAGAAGGGAUCCAGGGACAGUAACACAAAGCCAUAUAAUACAAGGGUAGUGACAUCUCGCCGGCCAAGAACUUACAGCAAUGAUUUUGUUCUAGCUGAAGAAGAGGAAGACUGGAAGCAAGGAAAGGAAGAUUAUCAAAUGAAGGGAAGGCAAAGGACAAAACUGAACAGGCUCUUGGCAAAUGAGCAUGAGCGUAGGAGAGUUGCACAAUUGAAUAGCGCUUACCAAGAUCUCAGACAGUUGAUUCCAGGGUAUCAAUGUGACACAAAGCUACCAAAGAUAAAAAUACUGAAAUAUGCCAUCAAUUAUAUUGCACAUCUUGAUGAUAUACUGGCAGAUGACUUCACUAGAAGUUAA